AUGGGUCAGGGACUCUCUGCAUUAGGACACAAUAUGCCUUAUCCCGAGGUCGAAAACAUGGCCGACCCAGACGACGCCAACUCAUGGACAUGUGCUGCUUGUCGCCUCCCGAUAUUCUCCACCCCUUUUGUUGUAGAUAGAUCGGGGGGCAGCAAUCUCCUGCUUCACGAUCAAUGCUCCGGCGAAUCUCUCCCUCCCGAACUCGCUGGCCAUCCCCUGCACCCGAGGAUUCCUCUCAUCCUCCGACACCGCCGCCCGGAAGAGCAUUCGUCGACUACAGAAGAGGACUACAUGAGAUAUUAUUGCAAAAGAUGUUGGUCGAUUUGCGGGAGCAAAUUUUACGAGUGCCCGAUGGGUGAUGAUCGAGAGUGUGGGUUCAGGCUCGAUCUCCCGUGCGCCCUGCCGAACACGGUCUUACACAGGAGCCACGAGCACAGGUUACAUGUUGCUAAGGUACAUGGUUUGUCUAUUCCGUCUCCGAUCUCAUUCAUCUGCAGAGCGUGCGGGAAACAACACGAAGAGAGUAAUAAUGGCCGCCCCCAAUUCGAAGAUGCACGGGUAAAGGCUUAUGCGUGCACGAUCUGCGACUUCUGGCUUCAUCCAGACUGUGCGCUUCUUCCUAAUGCCAUCGUCGACACAUCAUGUCACGAGCACCCUCUUCUCCUUCGAUUUUCUAUUAACACAUUCAAUACAAGCUGCAACAUUUGCACUAGCAAACUCAUGGCUUUGGGGUUCUAUGCCUGUGUCACUUGUCGUUAUUAUGUUCAUAUCGACUGUUCUGUUAACUCGACCCGUCAAAGAUUCCAGCCCGUGUUGGUUCGUGAAGCAGAGUUCCCGAAUCUACUUCGUCUGCCGAUGGAAAACGAGCAGGCUAGUGCGAUGCCGCGUAUUAUGAGAACCACGACACCCAAUUGCCACACACACACACAUUAUUCUCUUGGCAAUACUACGAGUGACGAUCAUACAGUUAGUUCUAGGAUUGGCAAUUCAUCAUCACUUACUGAUCACUCGAGUAUCGAUUCAUUAGAAACUAUCAGAGUACACGAGCAUCCCUUGAUCUAUCAUCACGACACUCACAGUGACAUUAUUCGUGUCUGCAAUGCCUGCGCUCAAAUUAUCCUUCCAUCCGAUCCAUUUUAUAGUUGCGCAGAUAAUAAUAAUAAUAAUACGUGCAAAGAUUUCUUUUUGCACAGCUGUUGUUCCAGUUUUCCAAAAACUUUUUCGUCCUUCCACAUAGGCUACUGUUCGUUUACACCAAAGGUAGCCACGAAGCCCUUCACCAUAUUCGAGUGUAUGGUUUGCAAGCACAAAACCAAUGGGUCCGCUUAUUAUGUCGAAGGAAGAGAGGAAAAGUAUAUGGAUGUGGUUUGUGCCUUAAUGCCUCACUUAAUCACACACGGUGCCCACGGGAAGGCCCACAUUCUUCAAGGGAGGUGGGUAAUCAGCGAGUUCAACGAUUAUCUUAUGAGCUUAACGUGUAAAUGCUGCCUCAGAGAUAUGAAUGAAUAUCCCAUCACUUCAUAUACGUGUAGCAAUUGUCGUAGCUUCUCCAUCCACCCGCACUGCGCUCUUCUCCCGGACACGGUCACCCACAAAUUCGACCGACACCCUUUGAAGCUAAUCACGAGCUCGAGCAGAGGAGGAGAAGAAGAAAACGGGCUUUGCGAGAUUUGCGAAAAGGACAUCGAUUGGAGAAAAUGGCACUACGGCUGCGAAGUAUGUGAACAAUAUUUUCACGCGAACUGCAUUCCUUGUCUCGAUCGUCUGUCAAAGAUUAAGUUCGGUUUUGAGGUUUCGGUCGGGUGCCAUGAGUGUCCGAUUGCCUGCGUUCGGGCUGUUUCGGUCGAUGGACACCUGUGUGGCCAUUGUGGGGAAAACAUAAGGGAGAGUGAUGAUAUAGCAUUUGAAUGCUCCAAAUGUUAUUUCAGGAUGCAUGAAGGGUGUGUCCAGGAGCUUAUGAUAAAACCUUGA